AAGCAUGCCAACUCGGGAAAACAAUAGGUGAAGGCGCCGAACACUCGGGAUCAUCUGUGUCCUGUGUCGUCUGAUUGUGGCUUCUUAAACAAUCAAGACUCAAGAACUUGUAAAAGUAAACAUCUCAUACCUCCAUCGAACACCCAUAAUCUAACAUGGCAAGAAAUGCACAAAAUCCCUGCACCUCAAACAACAACUCCCAUUCCCAAAUCAGCCAAUGGGAAAACCGCGAUUCCUUGCGCACAUUCACCAACCUUGUCGACAGCAUGCCACUCCUUGAUGCUCGGGUUCUAGAAGCACAUCGACUCCUUGACCGCGCUGGUACCAUUAUGGCAGAGGUGAUACCCGAACUACGCGGAAUGUGCAUGAUGCGCGAGAAACUCGUGCUGUCUUAUUUCGAGAAAAUGAAGGUCAAGAAGGAACUGUAUGACGGAACGGCGCGGCUGGACAGGGACCCGCGCAGGUUUAGGAUCAGAUGGCUGAAAGUUGAGAGGAAGAAAGCGCGCGUGGCGAAGUGGGAGGAGGCGAAUAGAUCCAAUAGAGAGCGCGAUCUCUCGGACUCGGACUACGAGAAUUAUUCAACUAAAUCUGAUUCUGAGGGGACAUUAUGGUCCACAGAUGAAAGUGUCACGUCCUCAAGUCGCAAGAGAUCGCGAGACGAAGAGCCGGAGAGGAGGAAAAGAGCGAAGAAAGCUGCAACCUAACCCGAAGUUUUUAUGCCUUACAUUGCAUCACAUAACAUCACUUAUCUCACUACCCUAGUAUAAUCUGCUAAAUCAUUCGGAUAGUACUUAAAAUCAACGACAACGAGUGCCUAAGCAACAGAUCAGCUGACUUGGGCCUCGACGCGUUCAAAUUUCAGACCGUCGUGCGAGAUUCAGGAAAGAGGGGCACAAUACAAAUUCAAGGGAAACUUCGAUUUCGGCGAACCUGUUGCUUCAUCGAAGUCAUGAGUGGCACAGGGCGCAGAGUUUUGCCCACCAACGUGUGACAGCCUGCGAUCCAACUGUGGUGUGUGGGUUUUCCCCAUCAAUCUACGAAUCUGGGUCCUUCUGUGAACGCCGAGGAGGCUGCUCUAGAAUUAUUGCGGGAGGAAGCCGCCUGUAAUCAAUUGCCGCUGUCACUCAUGGAAAUGGAGAGGAU